AUGUUACAAACUCUUAGUGAUUCUAAUUCCAAUAAAAGUGCUGCUAAUAAUUUGAAACAACUUAUUCAAAAAAGAUGGGAGUAUGCAUAUCAUUCUAUUAUGAUGACUGCUUAUAUGUUAGAUCCAUAUUUUUUAGAAGAAAGUAGGAAUACAGAUUUAGAGGCAACUGGAUAUUCUGAAUUUACAGCAUUUACUAACAAAUUGUUUGAUCAGGAGAAAUCUGUAACAUUGUUUAUUGAGCUAGUAAAAUUUCGCCAAAAAGCUUCACCAUAUGAUAAUGAAAUAAUUUGGAUGUCAUCAUCUACUCUUAGUCCUUCUGUGUAG